AUGAGACGUAUCCUGCCUUCUAGAUCUAGCCUCUCUCAGACAGAUGCCGCUCCGCGAGAUUACAGGAACUCGGAUCUGACUUCGAUACCCCCAUAUUCGACGGGUCCUCCGAGCUACUGCUCUGAGGAGUGGAGUCCAGACUCUGACUAUGCAGAUGCCGACGCCGGAGACGGUACUAACACAGCGAAGACGGACACUGACUCCGUCAAUUAUCAACCUGAGUCCUCACAUACCGAAGACAGAUCACCUACUCCAACUCGUACUCUUCGGAAAACACCUACGGAUCUCCGAAGGCUACGGGUUGUCAAUGCUACGCGGGCCCGUUCCCGAGCAUCAUCUGUCACUAGUACCCCUCCUUCCAGUGCGAGCAACGUAACCGUCAGGACUCUGGAAUCAGGCACCACGGAACCCCUACCUGUACCACCGUCUGCAGUCCCUGGAGCAUGCAAUACGCCGAACGCCGAGACAACCGUACCAAUGCAUUAUAUCUUAUCCUCGCGCUCCCCCAACUUUAUGCUCGUCAUUCCAUCUUCGGAUGUGGCAGAUCCAAAUGCAUUAUAUCGCAUCUCGGUAAACUCAAACUGUUUCAGCCCAUCCUCGUACAUUACCAGCAUACGCAGAGGCGGGUCCGAGGACGGAGAGUUGGUCGGUGACUUCGAGUACGCCAUCCUCGCAGGCUUAGAAUAA